GAUUUAACUUCCUUGUCUUAGCUUUUGUGUUACAAACGGCAGACACGCGCACGAGAAUCAGUUCUGAAUAAAGAUUCGUUUAGGAGUCGAACGUGAGUAGUCCAUGGAUUUGAUUCAGUGCACAGGUGUGUGGGCAGGACCAAACUAACCAGACACAGGUGCUACUGAUGCGAAAGGGAGAGGUCGAGUCGUAAAGGUGGUCGGAUGCCGGUAACAUGUCAACUGCGUUUCUUGUUUUAUGUUCACUGUGACAAUCAUCAGUUUACGCCGUAAGCGUCGAUUUAACGGCUUGCGGCUGAACCUGAUAUCAAUGGGAAUGCAAUUUUAAAGACUUUUCUUCAGAAGUGAAUCUGGAUGUGCGGAUCAUGGCUGUAAAACAACAAAUGUGCAAACAUUAAUCUCCGGGGUCAAUUUUCUCAUUACUUUCUGCAGAAACAAGCAUCCUUUCAUUUUCCCCAAGGUUAAGGAUUUGGAUUUGCUGUAAAAUGAGAGUAAAGUAUUCAAAGUUACUUAUUUUAGCGUUAGCUAGCACCCUUUGCCUUGUCGUCAUCUAUUCAACACUGAAGGAUGGCGUGCACCCUCAAAGAGACCUGAUCGAAAUUCAAUCGAUCACAACGGACACCAAUAGAAAACCCACGACUACUAAAGUGAAACCCAUCAUUAAAAAGAAAAGCAAAAAUGACACACCGCUUGAGCUUCCGCUGCUCACUAUUUCUGAGGAUUUCAUGAAGUAUAUUCCAAAAAAUGGAGCCUACUGGAACAGAAAACUUCAUUCUCUCCUCAGGCAGUUUGAUGUUGCCGAAAAUCAAACGCGUGAGGACCCACGUCACUGGUUUCAAUGUAAGCCUGAGAGUUUUGAGUUAUUGCAAACUAACAUUCAAGAUAUUCAGUCAUACCCCCCACUCUAUAAAGACUUUCUAAAAGGCAUGGAAUGUCGAGAUCCACCCGUUGUUAUUGACCAGCCCACAAAGUGUGAGUCUGGGAAUGAAGCGGAGCAGGUUUUCCUUUUGUUUGCAAUUAAAUCCACCUUUAACCACUUCGAGAGACGUCAGGCUGUUCGAGAGACCUGGGGAAGGGAAGGCUCGUAUGACAAUGGAGUGCAGGUGCGAACGGUCUUUCUGCUCGGCCGAUCAUUACAGGAUGAUCCCAAUCUCGACCAACUGAUUUCACUGGAAGCUCAACAGUUUCGAGACCUUAUCGUCUGGGAUUUUGAAGACUCCUUUUAUAACCUGACACUAAAAGAACAUGUGUUCUUCAAAUGGAUGCUUGAUAAUUGUCCUCAAGCGUCUUUCGUGUUUAAGGGUGAUGAUGAUGUUUUUGCCAAUACUCAAGCAAUACUGAAUCAUUUGCAUUCUUUAGAACCUGCGCAGGCAUCAUCAUUGUACACAGGGCAGAUUAUUUUCGAUGCCGCUCCUUUACGUGACCAGAAAAUCAAAUAUUAUGUACCUCAGACUUUUUAUGAGGGUCCUUACCCUCCUUAUGCCGGUGGUGGUGGCUUUCUCUUUUCUGGACACCUUCUCCCAAAUCUUUACCAUGUUUCCUUCUACAUACCCUUUUUCCCUAUUGAUGAUGUCUACACGGGAAUGUGCUUUAAAGCACUUGGAAUCAAUCCAGUCAAACACAGUGGUUUUCAGACGUUUGACAUUCGGGAACAAGAUCGAGAGAAUGCGUGUGUACACAAUGACCUGCUCCUGGUGCACCAGCGUACCCCACAGCAGACCAUGAGACUGUGGAGGAACAUGCAUAGCUCCAUGUUAACCUGCUAAAAAACACAUGAAUUAUUCACAUGAAUAAUAAUAUUAUGUUGAGCCAUUACUGUAUGCUUCCUGAAACUAUAAAACUUGUUUUGAAUGAGAAAAAGCUCUGUAAUGGUUUGAUUUUUGGACAAAAUGAGGAUAUUUAUGACACAAUCUCCUAUUCCAAACAUGAAAAAAAUCUUGAAAAUACAUAUCAUUGGAAAGCUCUUAGGUAGUUUUAAUUAUAUUAAAGCAAUUUAAUGAUAGAAAUGAUGUGGUGACAGUCUUGUUAAAUGUCGCUAAACCCACAUAAAUGCGUUGUAAUUGAUUAUAUAUCAAUAUUUGUCAUAUAUUCAUAACACUAAUAUUCCAUUAUAAAUCUUGACAAACUAUAUAUCACUGAAAAGCUUAAGAGUAUAGUUUUCAUAAUUCAAAAUAUUUCACACUUAUUAUAAUGAAGUGACACUAAUGUAUCAAUUUUGGACUAUUUUAAGGGCCCAAGCUCUUUAGGUGCCCCCAGAAGUCAUUUUAUAUUAAUAACAGCAGUAAUAGUAGUAAUGUUAUAAAAUUUAAAAUGUAUCUUCCAAAGAGUUAUCAAUAAAGCACAAUUAUGGCUCGGUACAAUCACAGUACAUUUCCGGCAAUACCUGCAUGCGUCCAGCCGUAUGUAGCCUCAAGACUAGAGUCAGUCAGGAUAUCAGAAACUAAAAUGGAGGCUACAAAGGUCAGAGAGAGAGAGAAGAUGGGCUGACAAUUACUCAACCAGUAUUUUUUAUAAGAAAGGUGUGCGUAUAUUAAUUUAUUCACUGAGCUUUCUUUUGCCGUAAUAUUCAUUUCAGUAGCCAACUGCUACCUAAAGGUCAAUUCAAUAGGUUUCGCAUAGGUUAUCACCACUGAAAAUGAGAUGAAUGUAAUUUUUGUCCAGAUAUAGAUCUUGAAUUUGUAGACACUUGGCAGUAUUCUCCUGUUAGCAAACUGUGCUAGCGGACUUUUUGCUAACUACCAUCGUGUAUGCUAGCGGCCUCAUACACAUGCAAGUCUCGCUCGUCGCUCCCACCUGCUCUUUCAUGGGAAGUUUUCCUAACCGUUCUCUCAGUUGCCUGUGAAAACCAAACUAAAGUCUUAAAUCUAUUAAAAAUAAAGAUAAAGAGCUUCAUGGUUUGAUUUCAAGCCUUUAUUUCACUAUGAUUUCAAUCUUACUCAGUCAAUAUUAGACAUAUCAAGUAUAUAUUUAUACAGAAUGUUCUUUGCAUUAUGUAGGAUGAUUUUGGGUAGAAAACAAUAAACCACAAAUAAAUUCUUCAGCUGGGUUUUCACAGUUGUGAGUGGAUAUCUGUAAAGAGAAAUCCAUUGAAUGGUUAAAAAGCAUGCAAGACAAAUCCCUACAACUGACAAAGGUGGACUUGGCACACAUUUAUGAGUUUGGCUCAAUCAUGAAUUAGGGGUUAUGCAUGUGUAUUUAUAUAUACAUAAUUAUUAUCUACAAUACACACACAGAUCAACAAAAACUUUUUGAUUCUGCAAAGAUUAGUUGCGACUAAUAAUUAUGCAGCCAUAUCUUGAAUACACACAUGGAUUUAAUUGCGACAGAAUCAGUCUAACAGAAUCUAACACAGAAAUUUGGAAUUGAUCCAGAUAGGACGAGGACUCUGGAAGAGUGCAAAGUUUUGAAUGACGCUGAGUUUAUUGCAAAAUCAAGAUUUGCAUGAUCUUGUAACUUAAGGAGGAACUGGGCCUUAACAGAACAUUUUAUAUAUUUUUAUUUUUUAGUUGAAGAAAGGGUAACCUUUUUUCAAAUGGUGAUGGUGUUUAAAAUUUUAAAGAAAAAUGUUCCAUCUAAGAGAUGUUCAUUGUCAUUCAGGGCAAGUAGCAAUUAUAUUUUUCCUUUAAAGGUUUAAAAUGUAAUGGGUAAGAAUUCAUUUUAUUUACUAGUGUGGUAGCUUGGAAUAAAUUAUCUAGUCAGAUAAAGCAGAUAAAGUUACAAGAAAAAAAGCAUUUUUAGAAGGGUAGUUUAAAGUUGGUUUUAGGUGUUGUAUAAGUUGCUGGAUCGGAUGUGAGUGCCCCCAGUAAUGAUUUUUUUAUUUAUUUAUUUUUAUUUCAAAGACCACAAUAGAAAUGUUUUUUUGUGUGUGUGUGUAUAUAAGUGGUCUCCAAAAAUGGUGCCCACGCGCACCAGGUUGGCCGCACAGAGUCUGUGAGGUGCCCAUCAAAGCACAUUCUAUUAAUAGUCUCAAUUGUAAUGUUUAUUUAUUGCAUAUUUUUUUAUAUUAGCUUGACUUUUAUGUAUGUUAACAUUUUAAAAACAUGAUGAAAAUAUCAACAAAUAAAAUAAACAAUUAAAACAAAAUACUUUUUGAGUAGAUAAAUAUCAAAACGUAGUGCUUCAGAUAGGUUUAUCCAUUGUGGUAGCCCUUGCUCACAAAACGGCAGGAGACCCAUUGUGUGUAUGAAUCCUUUUUUCUGGGCAUGUUUGUAUUUAAAAUUGUGUCAAAAAAAAAACGGGGACUUGAAAGAAAAGUCAAAUGUCAAUUAUAUUGUUAAAGACGUGACAGAAAUGUUGCAUCUAAAUCCAUUAUUGCAGUGUACUGACCUACAUUUAAAAAAGAAAUUGAGAUUGUCUGUCAUUUAAUUUAAAUAAACAACACAAGUCAAUUACAGAAAUUUAA